CCGCCAGCUAGACCUUUGGACCACCCCCUCGCAGUUAGUUUUUGGAGCUCGAGCUCGAAGAAUUGAAAGAUAAUGGCGCGUGUUCUGGUUGGAGUGAAGCGUGUGAUCGACUAUGCUGUUAAGGUGCGCGUCAAGCCCGACAAAAAGGGCGUUGUUACUCAGGGCGUUAAGCACUCCAUGAAUCCCUUCGAUGAGAUUGCUGUUGAGGAGGCUGUUAAGCUAAAGGAGAAAAAGUUGGCCAGCGAGAUUAUUGCCGUCUCGGUGGGACCCGCUCAGUCGCAGGAAGUAAUUCGCACAGCCCUCGCCAUGGGUGCCGAUCGUGGUGUACAUGUGGAGGUCUCUGGUGACGAAUACGAGCUGCUGCAGCCGGUGCAUGUGUCAAAAAUCCUUGCCAAGUUGGCACUGGAUGAGAAGGCGGAUUUGGUUAUCCUGGGCAAACAAGCCAUUGAUGAUGAUGCUAAUCAAACGGCUCAGAUGACGGCUGCCGUGCUCGACUGGCCACAAGGCACCUUCUGUAACAAGGUCGAGAAGACCGACGCUGGUCUGACCAUAUCCCGUGAGAUCGAUGGCGGCCUUGAGACAAUCAAGACCAAAAUUCCUGCUGUGCUGAGUGCCGAUUUGCGCCUGAAUACGCCUCGCUAUGCGACGUUGCCGAACAUCAUGAAGGCCAAGAAGAAGCCUCUGAAGAAGGUCACAGCCAAAGAUCUAGGCGUUGAUACUACGCCACGCAUUGAGAUUAUUUCUGUCGAGGAUCCGCCAGUGCGUCAAGCAGGCGCCCUUGUUGCCGAUGUGGAUGCUCUGGUUGCGAAGCUGAAGGAAGGUGGACAUAUCUAAUCUAUGGACUCCCAUCGCUUCACGCCAUCAUCAAAUAUGUGCAAAAUUCCACAUUUUAUUUUUUUCUUUACAAUUUGGAAUCAUCAUAAACGUGCAUUUAUCUAGCUGCUAAAAAUUAUACGUCCAUUCUAUGGAGAAUUCUAUUUUAUCCCCCACCCUUCCAACUCCCCUCCCAGCGUAGUGCAUUAAGUAAAAAGUAAUUGUUUUGUAGAACACAAACCGUUUUAAGAAUAAAGUGAUGUAAGCACAAAAUCAUCGGCAGGGUCAA